CUCGGAGCAAUGGGCUGCCAUGGAAGCCGCUAUGUCCUCUGGUGUUAAGACUAGACGGUUUACUUUCAGUCCAGAGAAGAUUGCUUUGCUCAAGCAGACUUGCAGCAGCAAGUUUCUGCAGCACCUCUCGCCCUCAGGGUUCAUCUCUAGUAAUGAUAUAGUCACUGCGAUACUGGGGAUUACUGUUGAUAUGGCCCAGGAUCCGUCGAAAACACGAAGGAUGAAUGAUGAGAACGCCCGUCUUACAUUGACAGUGGAUCUCCGCUCGCGCGUGCAGCCUCCCCUCCCGGGUACAUUUGUCGGGAACAUGAACUACCCAGCCUACUGUGAGAUACGGCAUCUUGUACAGGACCAGCGGCCUGAGCCAUUACAGGAGGACAACAAGGAAGAGGAAGCAGACCUCCUCGCCCUUAGUCAGCUUGCGCUUCAGCUCCGGGGCAAGCUCAGCUCCAUGAAUGAGUCCCUCGCUUACAGUGUCUCCGCGACAGUGGCGGACCUGGAAGACUGGAGCAAAAUUGAGUCAAAGCCGGGGAAUGUGAUCGUUACGACUUGGCGACACCUCGACUCGUACACACUUGAUUUCGGGGACUGCCUGGGCAAGAUCGUGGACUUUGAUGCUGGAUUGUCUCUUAUUCCAAGGGCUUGCAUCAUCAUGCCUGCUCGAGAGAAGGCACCAAGGGAGGAGGGAGAAGGGAAGGAGAAGGCGGAGACGGAGACGGAGACGGAGACGGUGCCCUGGGAAGUGAAUAUUACAAUGAAACUGGAGGAUAUGGAUGUCCUUGUGGGUGAUCCUCUGCUUGCUAGGAUUCUUGCUUAGGUUUAUUUUAUGACGCAGGUGGGUUAUAUCUAGUUACUUAGUCCACCGACACGACGUGUAUCGUCAUAGUUGUGGGUCUAAGACAAGCUGGGCCUGGUCCCAGGGAUCAUCAUGUACGUCCUAGGUGGUUUCUGAUACCAGAAUGACUUUCUUUGCCAGCGUCUCCACUGUCUGGAGUGAAUUUGGACUUGCCAGAAUAUCUUGUCGCACGUAUCUUGCAUUCUUGAAAGCGGGAAUGACAGUUCAAGGAGAAUAUAUGUGUAAGCAGCCUUGAUAAUCCCUAGCGUGGUGGCAUAUGACCACAAAUGUGUCAGAGCCAACGGCGAGAUAAGCAAAGUGGUAGGCGAGGUUGGAAGAAAGCAGAUCGAGCUCAUUAUAAGUAAAAUCUCCAUC